CACGUCCAAUAGCUGAGAUCGGUGGAAAUGGAGUCCACGGGACAGAAUCAAUCACCUAAUAAUAUCGGUGAUGGAUCCGACACUAAGGGCAGUUGCUUAUUACUUCGCUAUGCCAGCCAAAAUUCUCUGGACGAAAGUUCGCAAAAGCAUGUUCCUCGUGAGAAUGGGAAGGAUAAACCACCAUACAGGAAUCAUCAUCACACGAAUCGAGCCUUUGAUGUCAUCAACGAGAUGAGAAAAAAAAAUUUACUCUGCGAUGUCACCCUGAUAGCGGACGGUGGUAUGGAAGUACCGGCUCACAAAAUGGUCCUCGCCGCAUGCAGUCCUUACUUUUAUGCCAUGUUUACAAGUUUUGAGGAGCGCGAUCAACAAAGAAUAACGUUACAAGGCGUGGAUUAUUCGGCAUUAGAAUUAUUGGUAGAUUAUGUUUACUCGGCAGAAGUCCAUGUUACAGAGGAUAACGUACAGGUACUUCUACCUGCUGCAAACUUGUUACAACUGACAGAUGUACGGGAUGCCUGUUGCGAUUUUUUACAAGCUCAAUUACAUCCGUCUAAUUGUCUCGGUAUUAGAGCGUUUGCAGAUCUGCAUGGAUGCCUCGAGUUAUUGACGCAUGCAGAUAGUUACAUCGAACAACAUUUUUCAGAAGUUGUUGACGCAGAAGAAUUUUUAACAUUGGCACCUGAACAAGUAGCUAAGCUUAUCUGUAGCGAUCGUUUAAUGGUGCCUUCUGAAGAGAAAGUAUUCGAAUGUGUUAUUUCAUGGGUACACCACGACCUUGAAAAGAGGCAAAAUGAUUUGGCGUUGUUAAUGGAGCAUGUGCGCUUGCCUUUGCUUUCUCAAGAGUAUUUAGUGCAACGUGUGGAAGAGGAACCGCUUCUUAAAGCUAAUUUGCAAUGCAAGGAUUUCUUGAUCGAAGCCUUAAAAUAUCAUUUACUGAAGGGUGAACAGAAAUCGUUAUUCAAAACGCCGCGUACCAAACCGAGACAACCGAGGGGAUUGCCUAAAGUAUUACUUGUUGUUGGCGGCCAAGCUCCAAAGGCAAUCAGGAGCGUUGAGUGUUAUGACUUUAAGGAGGAAAGGUGGUAUCAAGUUUCUGAAUUACCAACACGACGUUGCAGAGCUGGACUUUGUGUUCUCGGCGGACGCGUAUAUGCCGUUGGUGGAUUUAAUGGAUCAUUAAGAGUACGAACAGUUGAUAUUUAUGAUGCUGCAGCGGAUCAAUGGUCACCCUGUCCCGAAAUGGAAGCGAGGAGAUCGACGCUCGGUGUAGCUGUACUCGGCAAUUGCGUUUACGCUGUUGGUGGUUUCGAUGGUUCGACAGGGUUAAAUUCGGCUGAAGUUUAUGAUCCACGGACUCGCGAAUGGAGACCAGUAGCACGAAUGUCAACACGGCGUAGUAGCGUAGGAGUGGGCGUUGUCAAAGGAUUGCUUUACGCCGUUGGUGGCUACGAUGGAGAAUCUCGGCAAUGUCUGUCUAGUGUUGAGUGCUAUAAUCCGGAGAAGGAUCAAUGGAAACCUGUACCUGAAAUGUCCGCACGUCGCAGUGGUGCAGGUGUUGGUGUCCUGGAUGGUAUUUUAUACGCAGUAGGAGGUCAUGAUGGUCCACUAGUACGAAAAAGCGUAGAAGCAUUUAAUCCGGAGACAAAUCAAUGGACUCCUGUCAGUGAUAUGGCAUUGUGUCGUCGUAAUGCCGGUGUUGUGGCAUUAAACGGACUUUUGUACGUGGUGGGUGGAGAUGACGGUUCCUCCAGUUUAGCAUCGGUAGAAAUGUAUUCUCCAAGAACCGAUACCUGGACUACUCUACCAACUUGCAUGGGAGUUGGGCGUAGUUACGCAGGUGUAGCAAUCAUUGAUAAACCAAUGGCCUCUGCAACGACAAUGUGA